UUUAUCAUGACAUUGAUUUGUUAACAAGCUGUCAGGAUGUAAUAUUAAUGACCAAAUCUGACAAGCAGACCAAAGAAAACACACUUUCCACAAGCCAAACCAUUCCAAAUAUUAGCCAAAUAUUUUUGAUACCACUUACUAUAUAGUUUAGUCAAAUUAAUGUUAAAUUCACAAGUCAAUUAACAAUUACAAAAGUCAAUUACAAAAUGGCGAAAGUGUCGGCAUCGGAAAUUCAGCCUCCGCGUCAACUUGCACCAUCUUCGUCCAAGGACAACUUCGCGGCGGGUACGAGUAAGGAAUGCCAACCUCUGAAGGAUGACAGCGGACCAAGUUCACAGAAUGGUGUUAAAAUGCAAAAACAAUUAGGAGUAUGGGACGGAAUAGCCAUAAUUGUCGGUAUUAUAGUCGGAUCGGGAAUUUUCGUGAGCCCUAAGGGGGUCCUGAUGUACUCCGGGUCCGUUGGACAGGCGCUGAUUGUCUGGGUGCUCUCGGGGGUGCUGUCGAUGGUUGGCGCCCUGUGCUACGCGGAAUUAGGUACUAUGAUACCGAAAUCCGGGGGCGACUACGCGUACAUCGGAGCCGCUUUCGGAGCCCUGCCUUCAUUCCUGUAUUUGUGGGUGGCCCUUUUUGUCUUGGUCCCCACGGGGAAUGCCAUAACUGCCUUGACUUUUGCGGAAAAUGUUCUGCAACCGGUUUGGAAGGACUGUGUGCCCCCUUAUGUAGCGGUCCGGUUGUUGGCAGCCGUCAUAACUUGUCUGCUGACUGCUAUUAACUGCUUUAAUGUAAAAUGGGUGACACGAGUUCAGGACAUUUUUACAUGGACCAAAAUAUUAGCUUUAAUUGUUAUAGUGAUAGCCGGAAUAGUUCACUUGGCUACUGGCCAUACAGAAAAUCUAAAAGAUCCAAUGGAAGGAUCUCAAUUAGAACCAGGUUUCAUAGCUUUAGCAUUUUAUUCAGGUUUAUUUUCAUACUCGGGUUGGAAUUAUUUGAAUUUUGUUACCGAGGAACUGAAGGAUCCUUAUAAAAAUCUUCCAAGAGCAAUUUGCAUAUCCAUGCCAUUAGUGACGAUAAUCUACGUGGUGGCAAAUAUGUCAUAUUUUGCAGUACUGAGUCGAGAUACUAUUUUAUCAUCCACGGCUGUGGCUGUCACCUUUGGUGAUGUUACUUUGGGAAUGGCUUCAUGGCUUAUGCCUUUUUUUGUUGCAUGCUCCACAUUCGGAAGCCUUAAUGGAGCCAUUUUUGCUUCAUCAAGGUUGUUCUUUGUUGGAGCAAGAAAUGGUCACUUGCCAAUGGCAAUUGCUUUGAUUGAUGUUAAACGUUUGACUCCUGUGCCAUCAUUGAUAUUCAUGUGCAUUAUAACAUUGGUUCUACUUGUGAUAAAAGAUGUUUACAUGCUAAUAAACUAUGUAAGUUUUGUGGAAUCCCUGUUUAUUUUGCUAAGCGUGACAGGAUUAUUGUGGUUGAGGUAUAAAGACCCAACAGCCCAUCGACCCAUCAAGGUCAACAUUGUCCUUCCAGUUCUAUUCUUCAUAAUCUGUGGCUUUCUAGUAACUCUACCUUGUUACGUGUCAACCUUAGAAGUGGCUGUCGGUGUUGGAAUAAUAAUAUCCGGAGUCCCUGUUUAUUAUGUGUUAAUCGCUUGGCAAAAUAAACCUCAAUGGCUUUUGAGGCUAUCGAGUGAGUUCAAUCUGUUUUGUGCUAGGAUGUUCCUGUGCGUUCCUGAAGGAUCACAAGGUUUACAUAAUGAAUAAAAGUUGGACUAUUAUUUAGUCUUAAGAAAUUUCAUGUUACAUCCAGCGUCAGCUGUAAAAUAUUUUUACACAUGUAUAUUUUGUUUGUGUAAAUUAGAAAAAUGUUCAGGGUUUUAUAAGUUAAAUUUGUAAUUAUAUUCAAUAUUUAUGGAUUGUAUUUGUAACGAACACCAAGCAUGACAAAUUUUAUGUUUAUUCAAAAUCCAUAAAGAAGA